AUGCCUGCGCUAGUACCGCGCGCGGGGCAGAUAAUCAGCACUAUACUACAGAUUAGCACAUUUAGUGUACUUUGCAUUUGCAUAACGAUAGUAGUUAAUGGCUUUAGCAUUAACUUGUCACAGGGCGUUUGUGAAGGAGGCAUCUUGUUAUGUUUAAUAUGUUAUAUGUCCACGAAGGUCAUAAUAUACUACUUCCUAGUUAAGAAAGCUGUUACAACUAGGAGUGAGAAAGUCUGCGCUGAUAAGCCUAAAGUACCGUAUAUCAUUCUCGUCAUUAUGAACUUUAUCUUCCGAAUCAAUUACAUCAAUAAUAAAGGUAUAUGCAUUAUUGGCAUGCGAAAGAUUUCUAUGCUACCCUUGAUUAUCUUCGAAGUUAUUGUCAACAUAUAUCUCACUGCCCUUUUCAUCAUCCCUCUCCGCGGUCUCCACUCUUAUAAAAAUAAGUUGAAUCCCACGCUCCGCUAUAUAGCUAAGCGUUCGCUUAUCGGCUCUAUCACUACCCUCACCAUUUCCGUCGUCAAUUUAACCGCCAUCGCGGUAUUAAGAGGUGAGCCAGGCUGGGUCUGUCUUAUGUGUUGCAAUAUCGACAUUUUAUGUUGCACGUUGGUCCUACACUGGGUUACAUCACAAGGCAGCGUUGCGUCGUCGACAAGCCCUUAUAGCGAUAGCGAUGGUGAGACGAUUGGCUCAAGAGGCGGCACAAGAUCGGGUCAAAGACGUAACAACAAGACGGCCUAUGGGAAUGGAAUGGAGAGAGAUGGAAGCUACAUCAUCACCAUUAAGGGGAUGUCAGAUGACUCUCAGAACAGGACUAGCAGCUGCACCGACAACACUUCUCCAAAAACAGAUGUCAAUGUCUUCCCAAUCUCUGCCUGCACACUUAAUCCGCCCCACCACUCUCAGGCUUCACCCAGGUUAAUGGUUUCAAGUGUUAUAACCGAAUGCAAACCGUCGUCUCCGCCCAGCAAGUUCCGCGCUCCCACCCGCGGUUCAUGGCAUCGAACCACUCGAGAAGAGUUUAGAGAUGAGGUUGAGUUGAGUAAUAUCACUGUUACGAGAGUAGUGGAGAUUGACCAUGAUAGGAGGAAGAAAACAGAGGAUUUGAGAAGUGAAGGAAAGGAGUAG